AUGGGUGGGCCUAUCGAGUUUGAGCCCCACCGCAUGGGAUAUCCGCCGGCAAAAACUGUAUACGAUCGUGGGCGGCAUGAAGUUCAACUUGGUGAAUAUCUGGGUGGCUGGCCAGCACUUAUUGUAUCACAGCUUUCAAACGAGCAGCAGGAAGGCCAGGGCCCUCCCGUUCUUGUGAUGCUUUUCGGAUUGGAGACUCAACUAAGGGUGUUGGUUCCUUCUGGUUCCUUGCGUUCGUGGAGUGAUGCAAAUGCCGAUAAUUUUGUUUCAAAGCAGUGUAAAGAAGAGUUUGAUGUAGCGCUAGGAGAGGCUAUUUUGAUGAGGCAACAAGGGGGCAAGCAGCAGCAGCUGCAGAGCGAGCAUGAGCAGCUUGAGAGCGAGCAUGAGCAGCUGCAGAGCGAGCAUGAGCAGCUGCAGAGCGAGCAUGAGCAGCUGCAGAGCGAGCGGGAGCAGCUGCAGAGCGAGCGGCAGCAGCUGCAGAGCGAGCGGCAGCAGCUGCAGAGCGAGCGGCAGCAGCUGCAGAGCGAGCGGCAGCAGCUGCAGAGCGAGCGGCAGCAGCUGCAGAGCGAGCGGCAGCAGCUGCAGAGCGAGCGGCAGCAGCUGCAGAGCGAGCGGCAGCAGCUGCAGAGCGAGCGGCAGCAGCUGCAGAGCAAGCAUCGGCAGCUGCAGAGCGAGCAUCGGCAGCUGCAGAGCGAGCGGCAGCAGCUGCAGAGCGAGUGGCAGCAGCUGCAGAGCGAGCGGCAGCAGCUGCUGCAGCAUGUCCCUGUCGAGAGCUACAUUUUCGAAUUCCAGCACAAUGGCAAGAAGUGUCAGAUUUGGCACUCCAAUGAGAAGCUGGCUGAGGUGGCCAAGAAGGAGGAGGAGGAGGAGGAGGAGGAGGAGGAGGAGGAGGAGGAGGAGGAGGAGGAGGAGGAGGAGGAGGAGGAGGAGGAGGAGGAGGAGGAGGAGGAGGAGGAGGAGGAAGAGGGAGGAGGAGGGAGGAGGAGGAGGAGGAGGAGGAGGAGGAGGGAGGAGGAGGGAGGAGGAGGAGGAGGAGGAGGAGGAGGAGGAGGAGGAGGAGGAGGAGGGAGGAGGGAGGAGGAGGAGGAGGAGGAGGAGGAGGAGGAGGAGGAGGAGGAGGAGGAGGAGGAGGAGGAGGAGGAGGAGGAGGAGGAGGAGGAGGAGGAGGAGGAGGAGGAGGAGGAGGAGGAGGAGGAGGAGGAGGAGGAGGAGGAGGAGGAGGAGGAGGAGGAGGAGGAGGAGGAGGAGGAGGAGGAGGAGGAGGAGGAGGAGGAGGAGGAGGAGGAGGAGGAGGAGGAGGAGGAAGGGGAGGGGAUGGACAGGGACGAGAAGGACAAGGAAAUGGAGAAGUAUCGUCUGCAAAUUAGCCUCACGCGUUUCCAAUGGCACAUGCGUUCUUGA